AUGGGAGCUGAAGAAGAAAUGCUCAUCACUCUGUCUGGAGGUGCCCCCUGGGGCUUCCGCCUGCAAGGGGGUUCAGAGCAGAAAAGACCCCUCCAAGUGUCAAAGAUUCGAAAGAGAAGCAAAGCAUGCCGCGGAGGCCUGUGGGAAAAUGAUGUUCUAGUGUCUAUCAAUGGGAAGUCAUGUGCUGGCCUGUCCCACGCUAAUGCCAUGCAGAUCAUCGAUUCCUCCAACGGCAUGCUCAACAUCCGAGUGAAAAGGAUAGUUGGUGGGGACCAGACUGGCCCAUGGCUCCAGCGUUCCCCUUCUCCAGGGCAGCGAGUGCUCUCUCCACCAUCCCUGCUCAGCCCUCCRGCACAGAUGCUCAGCUCUGAACCAGCAGGAGCCCCAGCCACCGCACAGCCCUCACAGCCACGGAGGUCACAGAGGCACUUGGAGAGCCUUACGUCCCCACCAGACAGUGAGGCCUACUAUGGUGAGACAGACAGUGAUGCUGACAACGUGGCGCAUGAGAAACACCGCCGAGCUCGCAAGAAGAGCCCGCGGUCCCCACCUGACAGCAGGGCGGAUGCACCCCAGGACGAGGUGUCCCUGUCUGAACAGAGUGGCUAUGAGAGCAUGCCUGAGGCUGCUGUGCAGGGAGGAGCAGAGCUGGCCAGCUCCAGCGGGGUGGCCAAGAGGGAGAUUGUCUGCCUGCCUGGCAGUCGCACAGAGACUCCAUUCUCAGACAGCGAGGGACAGCUGCGGCCACCGUCAGCAGAGGGACGGGAGCCUUCUCCAGAGGCGAUGCUCCUGCCCCAUUCCACCAAGGCUAUCCAAGGCCAGCUCAUCCCCAUGGUGGGGCCAGUGGAACAUCCCAUUGAUGAAGACCUAACCACCACAUAUGCAGAGAAAGCCAAGCAGGCCAAGCUCCACCGCCACGAGAGCAUCCAGGAGAAGAACGUGAAAGAAGCCAAAACCAAGUGCAGAACCAUUGCAUCCCUCCUGACAGAUGCACCCAAYCCCCACUCCAAGGGGGUGCUGAUGUUUAAAAAACGCAGGCAGAGGGCUAAGAAAUACACAUUGGUAAGCUUUGGCAGUGUUGAUGAAGACCGCUCCUACGAGGAGGAAGACGGAGUGUUUCCAACUAGUGAAUCUGAAUUUGAUGAGGAAGGUUUCUCUGAUGCCCGAAGCCUAACAAAUCACUCAGACUGGGACAACACUUACCUGGACAUUGAAAAAUCCAAAUCUGACUCUGAACAGAAGGAAGAGAAGCAAAAAGGUUUGAGUGAGGCCUCAGGUAAAGGAGCACGAUUAUUUGAGCAGCAGAGGGAACGAGCUGGGAAGUACACAGUUGAGAAAUCUCCAGUGCAGAAGAGCCCAGAGCUUGCCCCAGCUGCCCAGCCAAAGCAGGGCACCGUGAACGGAGAUAUGCCUGUGCCAGAGAAGGCAGACAACAUGCCCAUCAGCAUCCACCUGGAAGGUGUGCAAGUGCCCAGCAAGCAGCCAGCCACCGUCCCCACUCAGCUCCUGACUGCCCCCAGCCCCACUUUCUUCCCACCUCCCCCAAGCACCCCUGACCCCUUCUCUGCAAGUUCAACAAGCAUGUUCAACAGGUCUGCACGGCCCUUUACUCCUGGCUUUUCUGGCCAACGCCCAGCAACAUCCUCUGUCAUCUUUAGGCCAUCUGCACCCAAAAAACCCACUGAAAGUCUGGGUGGGCAAAGCACAGUGGUUCCCCCUUUCUCCCCUCUGGCUCCAGGAACACCUGCCAAUGCAYCAGUGCCAACACAGCGUAGUCCAAUCAGCUCCUCCACUUCUCUGUAUAUUCCUGCACCAGGUAGACCAACAUCACCGCUGGAGUCACAGCCAAAAGGGGGAGGAAGUGCUACGGAGAUUAAGCCUUCUGCCAACACUGCCCGGACAUCCACCACCUCUAUUUUUCUGUCAACUCCCUCAAAGUUGGGAGGGGAUAUGGCCUCUUCAGCAUCCCAGCCACGAGUCCCUGGAACAGCCUCUUCAUCUUUGUAUAUUAGUCCAGCACCAUCACAGAACAUGAGAAGCAGUUCCCCUGUGCCAAAACAGCCUUCUCCUGCCAUCACUCCAGCAAUGCCACGACCUCCUUCGGAACCCUUAACAUCGAGGGAGCAGAGGAUUGCUGUGCCAGCUCCUCGCACAGGCAUCCUGCAGGAGGCUCGCCGGCGGGGCAACAAGAAACCCAUGUUCAGUAAGAUUGAGGAGAAGAAGAAGAAUUCACCCAACCCUGAGCUCCUGUCUCUGGUGCAGAAUCUGGAUGAGAAGCCGAAAGGUGACCACCCUGGGGCAGGCUUUGAGUCUGGGCCUGAAGAGGAUUUCCUCAGCCUGGGUGCUGAGGCCUGCAACUUCAUGCAGUCCUCAGGUCGCAAGUUCAAGACCCCACCUCCAGUGGCUCCUAAACCUCAGCAAGAUGCUGGACUGGUAAAUGGGGCCCAGGACAUGCCUCAGCUUAAAGGCAAGGGGGCAGAGCUCUUYGCCAAACGCCAGAGCCGCAUGGACAAAUUUGUGGUGGAAACAACACCGAAGCCAGAGUACAAGCCCAGGACCCCCUCUCCAUCCCCUUCUCUACCCUCAUCCUGGAAAUAUUCACCCAACAUCCGGGCUCCCCCUCCGAUAGCUUAUAACCCAAUGCAUUCCCCUUUCUAUCCCCUGGCAGCCAGCAAAUCUCAGGCGAGCAAAGCAGAGAGCAAAGUGAAAAAGGCACCUGGCCAGAAAUCAGGGAUCAAGGUCAUUGAUAUAAUGCGCCACCAGCCAUAUCAAUUAAAGUCAGCCAUGUUCUGUUUUGGGGAUCCCCCAAGCCCCAGCACUCAGAAUACUCCUGGUCAGCCAACCCCACAGGCUAGCUCAUCCUUCACRGCAGCCAAGCAGGUCCCUGUGAAAAUAGCCAAGACCCAGGAGAUUCGUCGCUUCUCCACUCCAGCUCCCAUGCCAGCCUCAAGCAGCCUGGCACCCACUGUGCUUGUGCCCCGCUCAGCCACCACGCUGGAUGAGCCAUUGUGGAGAACAGAAAUGGCCUCUUCUGCCCCUGCUACACCAGCGCCCUUCCAGGUGGAGCUCAGCCCCUCCCCUAAGCCAUAUCUGAGCUCUCCAGAGCCUGGACAGGUGCGACAGGGACCUUCUCCAAGCUCAGUCUCUGCCUCUAGGUUUCAGGUAGCCAGGCCCAAAUUCUCAGCAGCAAGAACGGGGAUGCAGGCCAAUGUGUGGAGGCCAAGUUUUGGCCAUCACUGA